AUGUCCAAUUUUUGGCAGUAUUCAAUUAAAAAUGGUUUCGAUUUAACUCGACAGAAUACUCAACAAACUUGUUCCUCCAUUUAUUUUGAAACAACAACUACACCUAUUACUAUUGAUCCGACACGCUCUGCUUUAGUUAUUAUCGAUAUGCAAAAUCUUUUUCUGCAUCCAACUGUACAAUCCCAUGAGACAGGGCUAGUCGCAUCACAGCAAUUGCUCAAAUACGCCAUUCCUGCCGCACGCAAAGCAGGCAUUCAAAUCAUCUGGCUCAAUUGGGGUCUGACGGAGGAAGACAUAGAUCAAGCUCCUCCAGCACUCAAACGAAUAUUCGGAUUGAACAGUAUAGAAGACAAGAAGAACAUGCCACCAGCCUUAAACAAAAUUUUCAAAGGUUUAGGAACUACUAUGGGCGAAAUUACGUUGCCUAAUGGCGACCAUGUCGAUGGUGGAAGACUACUGAUGCGUGAUACUUGGAAUGCAAAACUUUAUGAUCCACUUUUUCAAAGUUAUGAAAGUAGUCAGAGCAGUGCAAAGCCUGAUAAAUUGUUUCAUAAAGAUCGUGUAUCAGGUUUAUGGGCUCAUAAGUCUCCUCAACUCUCUUAUCUUGACGACAAUAAACUCAUUACGCUCUUCUUUGCCGGUGUUAAUACGGACCAAUGUGUGUCUGGUACACUUCAAGAUGCAUUUAGCAAAGGUUUUGAUUGCAUUCUUCUUCGUGAUGGAUGUGGUACAACGAGUCCACCAUUUGCUCAAGAAUGUAUUGAAUACAAUUGUGAAAAAGGAGAUGGAUUUCUGAUGACAACUGAGGCAUUUGCCAAAGGUAUUCAAGCAUCUCUAAAAUGA